GAUCAUGAAGUCAUUCAAGACAACAUGUGGAACCGUACAUAUAAUUUUAAGGUCCUUGAAUAUAAUGAGAGUGAAUCUAAAAAGGAUGUUUUUAAAAUAUCUAUCAUGAAAUCAUUCAAUCCGGAUCUACCAUUUAAGAAAUUUUCAAUGUCUUGUGAAGUUUUUCUAAAUCGAGAUAUUGAAGAACGGAAGUAUAUUGUUCAAGCUGAAUAUAUAAAAGAUAUUAAAGCUAUAUUCCCUGAAUUUGAAUUUGACUUUGUGAUAAACAAGACUGAUGGAAUCAGAUUUAAAAAUAGGAGCCAUAAAGAAGAAGCUAUGUUCGGUCUAAUCUCUAUUCUUAGAAAUUUUUUGGAUAAAAGUACGAAGCUUGCUAAAG